AUAUUUUUCAUUAAUUCAUACAUACACCAAAAUUCCAUGCAUAUAGAAGACAUAUAGAGAUACAACAAAUUGUUUCCAUCUCUUUGUUCCAUUCCAUUCCAUUCCAUUCAUAGCAAAUCAAAAUGCACAGAAACGAAACUACUCCUCCGACCGACCAUCAGCAUUACUCCGACACCGAUGUCUCCAACAACAGCGGUCCUAUGAGUGGUCCUCUCAACAACAAACGAGGCACACGCAAGAGUGCUAGAUUCAACGUCCCCGAUAAUCCUUCUUCUUCUUCCGGCGCCGCCGCAGAAGACUACGUCGAAAUCACUCUCGAUGUACGAGAUGAUUCCGUCGCAGUUCACAGCGUUAAAACAGCUGAAGGCGUGGAGAUUGAAGAUACAGAGUUCACUCUAUUGGCUAAAGGGUUGGAGAAACGCUCUUCAUUCGGCUCUUCUGUUGUUCGAAACGCUUCUUCUCGGAUCCGACAAGUAUCUCAGGAGCUUAAACGACUCGCUUCUCUAACAAGGAAACCUCCUGCUAGCCGUUUUGACCGGACUAAAUCAGCGGCUGCUCAUGCUCUUAAAGGACUCAAGUUCAUCAGUAAAACCGAUGGUAUAGCUGGAUGGACUGCUGUUGAGAAGCGAUUCGAUAAUCUAACUGCUUCCAGUAAUGGAUUUCUUCAACGAUCCCUCUUUGGCGAAUGUAUUGGAAUGAAUAAGGAAUCAAAAGAAUUUGCACUUGAAUUAUUUGAUGCAUUAGCUAGAAGAUGGAACAUAUCAGGUGAUUCAAUCAACAAGGAUCAGCUAAGGGGAUUUUGGGAUCAGAUUUCUGAUCAAAGCUUUGAUUCCCGUCUUCAGACAUUCUUCGACAUGGUGGAUAAAGAUGCAGAUGGAAGAGUUUCUGAGGAAGAAGUCAGAGAGAUCAUAAGCCUUAGUGCUUCUGCAAACAAGCUCUCCAAUGUCCAGAAACAAGCAGAUGAAUACGCAGCAUUAAUCAUGGAAGAGUUAGACCCUAAUAAUCAAGGUUAUAUCUUGGUGGAGGAGUUGGAGAUGCUAUUAUUGCAAGCACCAAGCCAAACAGUGGUAAGGGGUGAGAGUAGGAACCUGAGUCAAUUACUGAGUCAGAAGCUGAAACGGACAGAGUUGAACCGAGUGAGAAGAUGGUACAGGGAUACAAAAUACUUCUUGAUGGAUAACUGGCAAAGGGUGUGGUUGAUGGCUCUAUGGAUUGGAGUCAUGGCAGCCUUAUUCACAUGGAAAUACAUUCAAUACAAGAAUAGAGCAGCCUUUGAUGUAAUGGGACAUUGUGUUUCCAUGGCCAAGGGUGCAGCUGAAACGCUUAAGUUAAACAUGGCACUCAUAUUGCUUCCUGUAUGUAGAAAGACCAUCACAUGGCUAAGGAACCGGACCAAGUUGGGUGUUGCUGUCCCUUUUGAUGAUAACCUUAACUUUCACAAAGUGAUUGCAAUUGCUAUUGCAAUUGGGGUUGGAAUACAUUCUAUUGCCCACUUGACAUGCGAUUUUCCUAGGCUUAUUCAUGCGAGUUCCGAAAAAUACGAGCCUAUGUAUCAAUACUUCGGCGAACAAGCCGAAAACUACUGGCAUUUUGUGAAGAGUUUUGAAGGAAUAAGCGGUAUAAUCAUGGUGGUGUUGAUGGCGAUUGCUUUCACGUUGGCUACACCAUGGUUUAGGCGAAGUAAGGUAAGCUUGCCUAAGCCUUUCAACAAGCUGACCGGUUUUAAUGCCUUUUGGUAUUCCCACCAUCUCUUUGUCAUCGUCUAUGGUCUCCUCAUUGCUCAUGGAAUCAAGCUUUACCUUACACAUGAAUGGUAUAAGAAAACGACUUGGAUGUACUUAGCUGUUCCCAUCACUAUUUACGGUUGUGAAAGACUGAUUAGAGCAUUUAGGUCAAGCAUCAGGCCGGUCAAGAUACAAAAGGUUGCUGUUUACCCUGGAAAUGUAUUGUCGCUUCACAUGUCAAGACCUCAGGGCUUCAAAUACAGGAGCGGGCAAUAUAUGUUUGUUAACUGCGCUGCUGUUUCACCAUUCGAAUGGCAUCCUUUCUCCAUUACAUCAGCACCGGGAGAUGACUAUCUUAGUGUCCAUAUUCGGACACUAGGUGAUUGGACACGACAACUGAAAACUGUGUUCUCCGAGGUAUGCCAGCCACCACCUAAUGGAAAAAGUGGACUAUUGAGAGCUGACUAUUUACAAGGAGAAAACAACCCAAAUUUUCCGAGGGUUUUAAUCGACGGACCAUACGGAGCACCAGCACAAGACUACAAGCAAUAUGAUGUUGUCUUACUAGUUGGUCUAGGAAUUGGGGCCACUCCAAUGAUCAGCAUUGUUAAGGACAUAGUGAACAACAUGAAAGCAAUAGCAAAGGAUGAGGAAGAUGACGAGAAAGCACUCGAGAAUGGGGCAGGUCCCACUCGAAAGACAUCGGGAAACCAAUUCAAGACGAGGAGGGCUUACUUCUAUUGGGUGACUAGAGAGCAAGGUUCUUUCGACUGGUUCAAAGGAAUAAUGAACGAAGUAGAGGAAAUAGACAAGGAAGGUGUGAUUGAGAUGCAUAAUUAUUGCACAAGCGUGUACGAGGAAGGGGAUGCCAGGUCAGCACUCAUCACUAUGUUGCAGACGCUUAACCAUGCUAAGAACGGGGUGGAUGUCGUGUCGGGUACUCGUGUCAGGUCUCAUUUUGCGAAGCCCAACUGGCGGAAUGUUUAUAAGAGAAUUGCGGUUAACCAUACAAAUAGCCGAGUUGGGGUUUUCUAUUGUGGGGCACCAGCAUUGACUAAAGAACUAAGACAAUUAGCUCUGGACUUCUCCCAUAAGACAACCACCAAGUUUGAUUUCCAUAAAGAGAACUUUUGAAGGAGGAGGAGUAGGAGGAAGACAACCAACAUGUUCUAUCUAUCUUUGUACAGUCUUAACCACUCAAGUUGUUUGCUGCUGCUGCUAUGCUAUCACACUCUAUGUGAUCAAAAUAUGGCUAUGAGAAUAAUAUUAUUAUGUUGAUUAGAGCAUGUGGGCUAAUUGGGACCCAGAGUGGAUGGUAGUGGGAAAAAUUUAUGGAAAUAUCCCAAACUUAAUGGGUCCCACCACUACUACUAAGGUUUUUUUAUUCAUAAAUUAUAGAGUAUAUGUUUUUUUAUUUAUAUUUAAAUAUAUAAUGCCACUACUGCUAGAUUGGUUGAUCUUUGGGUGGGCCAUAUUUGGCACUAAAGCAACUAAUGAGGAGAAAAGUGGCAUCUUUGUUUUUUUGAGGCUCUUGUAUGUAUGUAUUAUAUGUAUGUAAUGUUGCAAAUGGAACCAAGCAAGUGCUAUUAAUUA